CUGCAGCUCGGCCGCCAUGUCUAAAGCGACGGUAAAGAAGCUGCACUGGCGCUCCAAGGUGCAGGAGAGCUUCGUGCCGCUGGGGGGGGGCUCCGGGGAGCUGGGGCUCGCCAUCGGGGGCGGGGCCGACUACGGAGAGUUCCCAUUCGUCACCGCGGCCCACGGGGGCGGGGCCACUGUGGGCGACAUCAUCCUGGAGAUCGGGGGGACGCCCGUGUUGGGGAUGACCCUCGGUGAUGUCAGAGGAGUCCUCAACUCCUGUCCUCAUCCAAUCAGAAUCAAGACCGUGUCGCCGG